AUGCGACGAUCUCCGGAAGAUCCCUUCGCUGCGCUGCAAAAAUACGCGGACAUAUCUAAAGAAGGGGAGGCGCAUAAGAAUGAAGGACCAUUGUUACAUUUGACGCAUGAAAUUGAUAUCAACGAUUUGCUCAAUUACUCCUUGAAAAACGCAUAUUCACAGAUUCCACUUUUUGGGCCGCCACAUAAGCAAAUUUCGGAGCUAAAGAAAACGAAGACCAAUCCUGAUGUUGACUUCAGAAAUACCGAAAAUGUUCUUCUUCAGUGGUUCAAAGAUGCAGCGAAAAAAGAAGCGAAGCAAAUUGAAACAAAUUCAAAAGAAGAAAUGCAGCUGUUUGAAGAUAUGAGACAGUAUUUGUCGGAGUUACAAUCAGAAAUUUCUCCACUUGUCAAUCAAAUCCGAAUUUACGACUGA